AUGUCUAUUGGAAUGAGCAAACUUCUGGUCAUUGGAAUUAGUCUUUUUGUAUGCUUCUUGUUCCAAUGUGAAGAAAUCUAUGGAAAAGAAUAUGUAGUGGGGGAUGACAAAGGAUGGAGUCCAGAUCAUAACGUAUCUAGUUGGCCUGAGGGCAAGAAGUUCAAGGCUGGAGAUAUUCUGAAUUUCAAGUACACCAAUCCCUCAUUCGAAGUAGUUGCCCUAAUCAAUUAUCCAGGAUACUACGAGGCAUGUGACCCUUAUCCUAUUGCAAAGGACAUAUAUACUUCCGGAAACGAUCACGUGGUAUUAGAGAAAGGCCCAAAUGCCUUCGUACCUUUUGAUAUAUCUUAUUGUAAGCGUGGAAUGAAACUUAAAGUUGAGGCUGACUAA